ACUGCGUCAGCUUUCCGAGGACCUUCUUAAAGCGGCGAUCAGAGAAAAAUUGCUGCUACGACUCAGGGAAGAGAGAGCGUGUAGACAAGUAUUUCAGAUUAUUUCGAGAUAAUAAGAUAAGACCGUACAGUUAUUUAAGUCACCCUAGUACGUUUCAUUUCUUUACAUCACUACAACUGCCUAGCUGGCAUAAGAUUCCGUGGGUGGGCUUUAUCCCAUUCCCCAGCUAGUUGGCUAGCUAGCUAGCUAGCUAAAGGGGCUCGAUUAGCUAGCUAGCUGACGAACGUGAACUGUACCUCAACCACUUUCCUACAUAGCCAGCAUACCGAGUCAUUGUUUGCCUUGAAGCUGUUUUCCUGUAUCUAAAAUCCACCAUGGACGGUGACGAUUGUGUUGAAGACAAAAAUGGAAGUGGUGAUGCUGCGGAUCAAGUUAAGAAACCAGCAACAGCUCCACAUAGAUAUACCAAGGAGGAGCUUCUUUACAUAAAAGAGUUGCCCAUAUCCAAUGAAAGGCCAGAAUGUCUCUCAGAGAAAUAUGACAGUGAUGGUGUCUGGGACCCUGAGAAGUGGCAUGCCUCGCUGUAUCCCACCUCAGGACGCAACUCUCCAAUGGAUGCUUUUAAAAAGGAUUAUUCGGAGGAUCGAGUUCCGCUGAAAAGAAGAAUCCCAGAUCCUCGUGAGCGGCUAAAAGAGGAUGACUUGGAUGUCAUACUGAGCCCACAGCGUCGCAGCUUUGGAGGUGGAUGCCAAGGCAAUGCUGCACCUGCUGUCCACUCCUCUCGACCAAUCAGCCCUCUUGAAAACAAGGAGAAUGAGAGUCUCCGUUUAGGAGGGACGCGCAGAAUUGGUAGCGGACGCAUCAUUGCUGCCCGAGCCUUUGAGAGAGAAGCCCGCCUAGAGAAGGAGAGGGAACGGGACAGAGACUUCAAGGAUAAACGAUACAGGAGAGAGAGAGAUUUUGCAGAUAAGCGUGUGUUUAGUGAAAGGAGAAGGAAUGACUCUUAUGCGGAGGAAGAGCCAGAAUGGUUCUCUGGCGGUCCUACAAGCCAGUCUGAGACGAUAGAGCUCAUUGGAUUUGAUGAUAAAAUACUGGAAGAUGACAGACGCAAGUCGAGGCGGUCAAGGAAGAGGACCGAGUCUGUCAAAGAGGUGGCCUGCAAUGGACAGCCAGAGGAGCAAGGUGUGAGUCUGCGCCCUACAGCCGAUCAGGAGGUUCCCCACCCAGAUGUGCUGCCAGAGCAGUCAGCUGGAGACUUUGACUUCAAUGAAUUUUUUAAUCUGGAGAAGACCAUGCCAGGACUGGCAUCUAUGAUUGAGGAUGUUUUAGGGGAAGGACCUGUAUCAGCAAGCCGCUUCAGUCAAUGGUUCUCCAGUAACUUGAGCCCUUCAGGCAGCCGCUCAAGCAGCCUGAGGUCCACUCCGCAUGAGGAGCUGGAAAAACUAGCAGGGCUUGAAGGGCUCGGCACAUCUCCUCGUCAAAGUCCCGCUUCAUACUUCACACCCAUUCAAUCAUCGGAGGGCAAAGAGAAGGUGGACAUACUGGAACUGUUGCACAAGGCCAAAAUAGACGUGAAGCCUCUUCUCUCCACACUUUCAGUCAACAAGGCUCGCCUACGGGAAAGCACUCACUCCGGAGCAGUGCUGUCCCUGGAAGAGGUGGAGGGGGAGAUGAAGGGCAUGAAACUAGGCUCAGAACCACACAUGCAAAAGGUGGUCCAUCCAAAGAAAGGAAAUGGGACGCCCUUCAUGGCCGAGCAUUUAGAGGAGGCUUUAACUGGUGGUCCUAGUGCCCGCUCACGCCCGCGUGACACAGACAUGUCUGCUUUUAAUAAACUGGUCAGCAGCAUGAAGGCAAGUGGAACCCUGCCAACUCACCCCAAAACCAGCUCAAGCAAUCCAUCUGCAGACCAAUCGGUGGUGACACUAACUGAAGCUCAGAUGCCUGCUCAGCAGCCAAAAAACAUAUUCCAGGACCUCCUAGGAGGGCCGGUUCGUAGUGGCUCACCCGCACUACUUGGCAACCUUUUGGGCAAUUCUGAAGGCCCAGCGGCUCCCAACCCGCUACAUGGCCUCCUGCACAAGCGUCCCUCACCACCUCUCUUUCCACAGAGGGCACUCUCACCUGACUACUUCAAUAGGCGGUUACCACAUUCAGCAGCUCAAGGCUUCCCAGUUGGUCCUCAGCCCAUGAUGCCUGAACAAUUUGCUGAUAUACACAGGUCUAUCAGCCCUGGAUCUGCAGCUCAGCAGCAGAUGAGGGCACUCUCCAUGCCAGUGACUCAUGCAGAUCUAGAGGCACUAGCAUUUCACCAGGAUCUUGCACUACAUGCCCACCAACACCAGUCUGGCUACAACAGGCUACCACAGGACAAAUGUUUUCGAAAUCGUCCACAGCGUGUUAACCGCUCCCCUGGCCCAGGCACCCAGCCUGCUGGAAGAAACUCACCAGGCAGUGCCGUCACCAGUAUGCUGUCUCCAUCAUUUACACCCACAUCAGUGAUCCGCAAAAUGUAUGCGACGAAAGAAAAAAGCAAAGAUGAUCCAUCGGGUCGAUCAGAGACCAAAGAGGAAGCAACAGCACAAGAUGAAAACUCCUCUAAUCUACACCUGGAUGCCAUGGAAGGGAAUGCUGCCCAGUCUGGUGGAGUGACAUCGACGUCUCAGAGCUUGCCAAGCAAGGACCAGGAGCGACUCAAGCCUCUUUCUGCUGGACAUCAUACGUCUACCACUGCACUGCCAGGACCAUCCUCCACUUUCCCUCGUCCUAUCUACCCGGUACCGCUACUGUCCCAUGUACCAAUGGUGCGCCCUCCUCCCCAGCUCCACCCCAAUGUGGUUCAACGAAUGCUUGCACAGGGAAUCCAACCCCAGCAGCUCGCACCUGCACUUGCCCAAGGUAUAUAUCAACAUGACCUUGCACAGCUUCAAGGCUUGCCCCCUGCAAUACUUGGCCAACCGAUGUACCCUCUCAGCGCCACAGGAGGGCACCCGCUUCUACCUCCCAGAGCAAGUAGUCAAAUGCAGCUGGCAGUAAUGCAGCAGCAACUUCAGCAACAGAGACCAAUACAUCAGAGCAUCCCAGGCUCACAGUCUCAGAGCCAAGGGCCUCAUCGAACAAAUGGUCCCCAGCGACACGGCAGGAGCCCCCCUCCAGGCCUCUCUAAGUGGUUUGGCUCAGACGUGCUGGAUCAACAACUUCCCUCCAUGCCGGCCAAGGUCAUAAGUGUAGACGAGUUGGAGUUCCGGCCAACUGCACUGAGAGCUACUGCAAGUGUUGGACGAGGAGAUUUUGCGGUGCACUCUUACCUUGAUGCUGGCUCAGUUCUGUAGAUGUGACGAGCUGGAUCACUUCAAGGCGACUCCAAGGGACAGCUGGUUGUGCCUUCUGUGUAUUUUUGUUUGGUUUUCUUUUGAAACUGUGUCCUCUCCCAUAAUCCUCCCACAAGAGGCAGGAUCACAAUUUUUGGAGGUGUAGGGUACUCAGUUUUUUGUGCUAUUAAGUUAUAAAGCACAGAAUUAAUAAAUAAAAUUGACUAAAUCAUUUUGGUAUA